CUCUUCAGAGAAACAACACGCGGAAUAAAAAGGUUCGGACCAUAGGACGCGCAGACCGGAAGUCGGUUCUCCUAAGUCACAUUGAAGAUUAAACGCCGGUCGACGCAAUUUUUGGAGCAGUGAUCCAAUUCAUUCCUAAUGACACAAGACUGAUCUUUUCCAGUUGAGGAUGUUUGUUUCAAGGGUUUUCCCUCGGGUUGGUUUUUUACAGAGAACAAUAUGUACACUUCAAGCCCACAAACCAAGUUUUAAUGGAUUUCUACAGAAGGCUCUUCCUCCUUCGAGUUCCCCAAUACAACAAAAAUAUCAAAAUUACUCAACAGCAGCAGACAACACAUCUCCCCCACGAUGGAUCCAACUUGAGCCGGAACUGGACGAAGCCCUGGUUCCACGUAAACUGUCAGUGAGUCCUCUGGAGAGCUGGCUCUCACUCCGCUACUCCCUUCCUCCCCUGCUGGAGUCCUCUCAGCCACAGGGAGAUGUAGAGCUGCUGAAUGAAAAAGUGCUGCCCCCCAUUUCUGUCCCUUCUUUGGACGAUGGGGAGAGCCCUGCAACACCCAUGAAGUGCAAAAAUGUUCUGGAGAUCCGACGAAGGAAGAUGAAUAGGCAUAAAUACAAAAAGCUUCAAAAGCGAACAAAAUUCCUAAGGAGGAGAGUAAUGGAAGGCAGGGGGAAGAAAAAACAGAAAAGAUUUGAAGAGGAUCUUCAGAGGAUCUGGAUGCGAGCUGGACUCAAGAAGCCCCCAGAGGGUUGGACUGCGCCAAAGAUCUUCAUCAAACAGCACGGAAACCGAAGGAACUGAGAUACACAAACAGCUUUUUUAGUUUAUCACAAUCAUUCUCAUUGGCUGACCUACACAUACCCAACAGAGUUGACAUCUAUGUCAUUGUUUUCUAUAGAAAGCAAAAAUGAGGCCAACUUUAUCUAGUGUGUAGUCAAACUCUGUGUAAUCAAAUAAAGACAUGUCUGACCUGCA